AUGAGAGAGUAUGAUGAGAUCACCUCCUUCCUGGGAACAUGGGGACGUUUCCAGCAGAUGGUCUUCUUCUCGCUGGCCUUCAGCAUCCUACCUAAUGGUCUGGUUGGUAUUUACAUUGUGUUUGUGGCCGACACGCCGCCCCACGAGUGUUUGAUCCCGGAGGAGAGCAACAUCAGUGAGAGCUGGAGGAAUGUGAGCAUUCCUCUGGUGGAGCAGGACGGACAGGUGAAGCGCAGCUCCUGCAGCAGGUACAGCCUGGAGCACCUGAGGAACUUCUCCCUGCUCAACUACGUCCCCGACGUGGACGUCAACGUCAGCCAGAUUCAGCAGGAGAGCUGUCUGGAUGGAUGGAAGUACAGUAAGGAGAUCUACCAGUCCACUAUCGUCACUGAGUGGGACCUGGUGUGUGAGAAUGAAUAUAAAGAGCCUCUGGCCUCGUCCAUCUACUUCCUGGGCGUUCUGGUGGGGACGUUUAUCUCUGGGCAGCUAUCCGACAGGUAUGGACGGCGGCCUGUGCUCUUUGCCAUGAUGCUGAUGCAGACAUUGACCAUCUUCGUCCAGAUCUUCUCCCCCAGCUGGGAGGCCUUCAGCGCCAUCUUCUUCUUCAUUGGUUUUAGUGGUUUCUCCAACUACGUCGUUGGCUAUGUGCUUGGUUCUGAGAUCCUGAGCCCAGCCACUCGUGUGGUGUUUUGUUCCCUGGGGGUGUUCAUGGCGUCCGGGUUGGGGCAGAUGCUCUUGCCCUUGUUUGCCUACUUCCUGCGGGACUGGAGACUCCUGAUCAUCCCCAUGGCUGCUUCAGGGCUCCUCUACAUCCCCCUAUGGUGGAUAAUUCCGGAGUCGCCCCGCUGGCUUCUGUCUCAGGGGCGAGUGGAGGAGGCUGAGGCCAUUCUGAGAAAUGCAGCCAGGAUGAACAAGGUCACCGUUCCCCAGGUCAUCUUCACAUCUGAUGAGAUUGAGGAAGCCCGGGCGAAUAAAGAGAAGAAAUACAACAUUUUGGACAUCCUAAGGACAUGCAACAGCGUGGUUCUCAUCCUCCUCUGCUCCAUCCUCUGGAUCGUCAUCACCAUGUCCUACUUUGCGCUGCUGCUGAACACCACCAACCUGCACGGUGAUCCAUACUUCAACUUCUUCCUGUCGGCCGUGGUGGAGCUGCCGGCGUACGUGGUGGCCAUGCUGCUGCUGAAGUUCUGCCCACGCCGCUUCUGCCAGUCCUCCACUCUCUUCCUGGGCGGCAGCGUCAUCCUCUUCACCCAGCUUGUGCCUGGAGAUCUUCCAGGUGUAGCCGUUUUUCUGGAGAUGGUGGGCAAGUUCGGCAUCACAACGGCAUUCUGCGUGGUGUACGCCGUGACCUCUGAACUCUUCCCCACCGUGGUGAGGAACAUGGCGAUGGGAACCUGCUCCAUGGCCGCUCGCAUCGGAACCAUAAUCUCCCCAUUCAUCAUUUACCUGGGAAACUAUUAUAAGUAUCUCCCCUACCUUUUCAUUGGGGGUUUGGCUUUGCUCUCCGGCAUGCUCUGUUUCCUUCUGCCUGAGACGUUUGGAAAGGUCCUACCGGACAGCAUUACUGAGAUGCAGACGGUCCGAGGGCUGGGUAAAUCAAAGAAAACCGUGAUGGAAUCAAAGGGAACAAUGAUGGAGUUCUGCACCAAGGAGACGAUGACGGAGACGGAGACGGAGACGGAUGUAAUAAAGGAAGCCAAACUGUAGAACUCUCCUUUCUACAGUGGUGUUCUACGGCAGAGAGCAAGCCAACACCAGAGAGGUUUAAAGCGAAGGAUCUUUGCCAACACCUUCAUGUAGCGAGUGUGGGACUUUGAAGGGCUAGGUUCCUACUGCAUGUAUUAGUCCUCAAUUAAGAUUUUUUUGCUCAAAUCCAAAAUGGCGACGAGGAAGUGCCUUGCUAAUCGGCAAAGCUAAUCAGUCAAAUCCUGACCCCCUGAUUGGACCCAAAGGUUGUGGACAGCCGAGCGAAACCCCAGUACGCCAGCAGGUCAGGCAGGGUUCAACCAGCCUAGAAAGCUAUGUGAAUGUUGAAAGAAUGGACAUGCAGUGCUGCAAAUUAUUUGGCGGCGGGGUGGGGUGGGGUUAUGUGGGGCGUCAAUGUUAUAAGAGCGUUGCUUUUCUCUAUAGGUGCUAUGCGUGUUUUGUUAUUAUUUUAUAGAGCAGACACGACAGACCUGUUGUAGGUUUUAGCUAUCACUUUAAUCAACUGACCAGCGCCGCCCUGUGGCUUCCACAUUACAUGUAUAUCAGGUUGUAGUAUUUAUACAUAUCAUGACAAUGCGUAGGGGUUUUUUGUGUAAGA